UGAAGCUGAACCGGCGCAUCCUCAAGAAAGACGCCGCGCAAGUUGACCUCUCAGAACAUGAGAAGACACAACUGAGGGGACUUCUGGCAUCGCUCAACUGGGUGUCGAGAGAAGCUCGGCCAGAUGCUGCCGCUGGGGCUUCCGUCCUGGCAUCGACGUUCCCGAGUCCAAAGGUUUCUCACCUCGUGGAGGCCAACGAAAUUGUGAGGCAUUUGAAAACAUGCCCGGUGACGCUUCGCAUUUAUGCCAUAGAAGAGUCAAAGCUUCGACACUUUCUGGUGGCAGACUCGGCGUUCGACACGUCGGGGCAAGAGAAGUUUCAGUUUGGGUUCUUGCUUGGGUUCACAACGCCCGACUUCAACCAAGGCCGCAGUGCACCGAUGAGCUUGAUGCAAUGGAGGUCACGACGCCUCCGUCGCAAAGCAGCCUCUUCUUUGCUGUGUGAGGCCAUCAGCAUGCCAGCUGCGACGGCCGCCAUGGAGCGCUUGGUGGCUUUCUUUGAGUCCAUCAGGUACUCUGGAUUCAACCCAAGGUCAAAACAACGAAGCGAAGACGAACUGCUCGCGACUUUUGGCAAGACAAAGGUCAUAGCUGCGGAGGUUGAAGCUUUCAAAGACCCUCAUGGAGUCGCCUUGAUGGAUGCAAAAGCUCUGUACGACUCACUGAAUAGUGACCAGUCGCAGGGUGGCACAGAUGACCGGGCGACUUUAGAGAUUGCCAUCAUCAAAGAAUCAUUGGCAGUGACGCAGACGCGUCUCAGAUGGAUUCCUCACAACUUCAAUCCAGCAGAUGCACUGACAAAAGUGCAAGGGUGUCAUGCCGAACCUCUCAUGCGCUUGCUGCGAACCGGUCACAUGACCCUCGAGGAAGAGUCAGAUGUUCUAGAACGUGGAAAACAGUCACAGCAUCGCAUGAAGGAAAUGGAACAGCUUUUGGACCGACCUCCCAAGGAGCUAUGCCACAAGGUUGUACUUUUCCAGGAGCACCUCUCGGUGGAAGUAGCAGUGGACUGGACUGUCGGUAGUGCUUUUGAGUUGUUUGGCAAGCCUUUUAAUGGAUCCAUGCCUUCCUCACAAACAACUCCAUCCACUCCAGCUCAACAGAAUGAACUCAUGCUGAAAGCCUUGACUGCCGCCUUGAGCGGUGACAAGAAGUCGAUCCCCACUUGGAACGGAAGUGUUGAGACUCUUCGACCAUGGUUGCGUCAGUUGAGUUAUUGGGAGUUGGACAACAAUGUUCCUAAGACACGUUGGGGAAUCAAGUUGUUGCAGAGUUUUACAGAUGGGAGUGCACCUCGGAAGAUCGCUGAGACAGUUGACCUUUCAGUUGUUCUGUCAGAACAAGGGUAUGGCACCAUUCUCACCGAGAUCAUGACCAAGUAUGGACCCUUUCUAGAAGCAAUUGGUCCGGCUGCCAUUGAUCAUUUUUUCUAUGGCUUUGAAAGGUCUCGACAGGAGAGCUUUAGCAACUACAUCGCUGCGAAGGAGGUUGCGCUGCAGGAGCUUGAGGCUCAGCUGGGUGAGAAGGUUCCGCCCCGAAUCGCUGGCAGAGUGCUUUUGAGGGGUGCCAAUCUGUCGGAGCAACAACGUGAGAACUUAGCCAUCAAGUACAAUGCAUUGUUGACCUUUGAUCAGAUUGCAAGAGCAUUGAGGCCGUUAGACAGGCCGGAGGCAUUGGUUGGCAAGGACCUUGAGGAAGAAGAGGAGUUGUUGUUUGAGGAGGAUGAACCGGAAUCCGAUGGUGAAGGGAAUUUGACGUACUUGGUGUUUGAUCCAAGCAGAGAAUACACGGAGGAGGAGACACAGUACAUUUGGGCAUACAAUUCGGCCUAUCGAGAUGUUCGCAAGGACCUGCAAGCUCGUCGAAAAG